CCUUCAUGGCAUCUCUGCCUUUUUCUUUUCGGUACAUGUCGAGCCUCGCGACCUGGAAGAUGCUAAGCGGCGCCAUCGAAACUGGGUCCUUCUCGGUGGCAGAAAUGGCGCAUCGGCGUUCGCUGACGUGUUCGGCCUCGUCUUCUCGCGUCGUUCUCCAUCCGCCGGAUCUCGUCCAGUGGAUUCGUAGAGAAGGUGGCUUCGUUCACCCCAUGCUCAGGAUCACAAACCAAGGUUCCGAUGGCUUAGGCGUAUCCUCCCUGAGCAAAAUCCCAGCAGGAACGGACCUCAUCACCCUUCCCGGUCAUAUCCCAUUGCGAUUCCAGCGUUCUGCCGAGCCUGGUGAGCGUGAUUCCCCCUUGCUUCAACUGAGUAGGAAAAUUCCAGAGGAACUCUGGAUAAUGCGACUGGGGCUGAGGUUGCUUCAAGAAAGAGCUAAAAUUGGUUCAUUUUGGUGGCCGUACAUCAGCAAUCUCCCAGAAACUUUUAGUGUACCCAUAUUCUUUUCGAGGGAGGAUAUUAAGAACCUUCAAUAUGCCCCGCUUGUGUAUCAGGUGAAUAAAAGAUGCUCUUUUUUGCUUGAUUUUGAGAAAGAAAUCAAGACGUUACUGGAAACUUUGGAACCAAAACAUCAUCCUUUUGGUGGCCAGGAUCCGAAUGCAUCUUCCCUUGGUUGGGCUAUGUCAGCAGUUUCUUCUCGUGCAUUUCGUCUGCAUGGCGAAGUUCUCUCGGGCGGCCAAAAGACGGAUAUUCACAUGCUGCUUCCUCUCAUUGAUAUGUGUAACCAUAGCUUUCAACCAAAUGCUAAAAUUGUUCAAGAACAAGAGAAAGGAAGCUCAAAAAUGUUUGUAAAGGUUGUGGCAGAAACACACAUAGAUCAAGAUUCCCCUAUAUUGUUAAAUUAUGGUUAUCUGAGUAAUGAUCUUUUCCUUCUUGACUAUGGCUUUGUGAUUCCAUCAAACCCAUUUGAUCAUGUUGAGCUGAAGUAUGAUGGAACUCUCCUUGAAGCUGCUGCUAUGGCUGCAGGACUUUCUUCCCCCAGGUUCUCUUCACCAGCCCAAUGGCAACAGGAAAUCUUAUGCCAGUUGAAGUUACUUGGUGAUGGUGCCAUUACUAAGGUGAACUUAGGAGGCUCAGGAGUGGUAGAUGGCUGUUUGCUCGCCGCAUUAAGAGUACUUAUCGCAAACAACGAAGAAAGAGUUCAAAAUUUCGACCUUGACACUCUAGUGACACUCUCUGACGAAGCCCCAUUAGGCAUCUCGAUCGAAACUGCUGCCCUCCGCAUUAUCAUAGCUCUGUGUGUUGUUGCUCUGGAACACUUCUCCACAAAGAUAAUGCAGGAUGAAUCCAUUUUAAAAGGAAACCUUUCCCCUUCAAUGCAAUUGGCAGUACAGUUUAGGAUGCAGAAGAAGCUGAUGAUCAUCGACGUUAUGCGGAAUCUUUCUCGCAGAAUUAAGAGGCUAUCAAAGAAAAAUUCUUCUGCCUGAUGUUAGCUUUGUUUCAUUAAUGUAAUGAGCUGCUCUCUUCUUUAUAAGGUGAGUUGUUUUUAUCAUUUUACAAUACCUUUUUCUACUUGGAAGUAUUUUUAAUCUGGUUUUGGAA